AACAGCGCUCCAUAAACAUUAUGGAGCAAGUUUGCAAGUUAUUUACGACGAAUUUUUCAUUUUCAAAGUUCGUAAGGGAUAGAAACAGGAUGCCUCCUAAAAGAAAAAUGUUGUAUACCUGGGAAAAUAUGGAACGAGCAAUUGACGCAGCCAGAAGAGGUUUGUCCCUGCGAAAAGCAGCCAGGGAAUUCAAAGUGCCGUACGAGACUUUAAGGGACCGGUGUAAUCGGAAACAUUCUCCAGGAGCAAAGCCUGGUCGGACUACUGUUUUGUCAACUGAAGAUGAAAAUAAAAAAGUAAAAUGGGUGGACUCAGUAGCUCGCGUUGGAUUUCCCGUCAGCAUAAACCAACUACGAGUCAGUGUGGCGCAAUAUGUAAAACUUACAAAAAUCGCGACACCAUUCAAACAAAAUAUCCCCGGCAAAAAAUGGAUGAUGCUUUUCAGAAAGAGACACCCCGGCAUUACAGCACGGAAACCAAGUCUUUUGGCCAAGUAUCGAGCAUCUUUAACGGAGACACAAAUAAAAAAUUGGUUUAAGGAGAUAUUGAACUUUCUGAAAGACAAGCAACUGCGUCAUAUCCUCCAGUGCCCAAAUAGGAUCUUCAAUUUGGACGAAUCGUCAUUUGAGCUUGUUGUCCGAAAAGGAAAAUUUAUUGCGUCUAAAGAAAUUCGUCAUUUGCAUUCAGUUUUUGCAAACAGAGAAAAGGAAUCAUAUACCGGACUCUUUACAGCAAAUGCCGAAGGUACAGUACUUCCUCCACAUCUUCUCUCCUACAAAAGUAGGAUACCGGGCGAAAUUAUUCGGUCAGCGUUACCAAACUGGGGAAUUGGAAAACCGCAAAACCGCUAG